AUGCCGGUGGGAAACAUUGACCGUGUGCUGAUCGAGCUGCGACCACGGUUGCAAAGUGCCAAUUUCUUCAUUUGCUUUAGUCGGCGCUUCGCCGAGAUCAAGACGACCAAAAUCGAUCUGGGCUCGGAUCGAAUCACCAUCAGCACGGAGAACAACGACGAACGGUACGAGAUACGGCUGGGAGAUUAUUUUAAGCUACACACCCAGACGCUGAGCUCGCUGCUCAUCAAGAAUAACUACAUAUGCUUUCGGAUUAACACCAACGAGAACAAGUUCCACUCGGAGGUGCUGGAAAUCAACGAGUACAAUGCCUGUACGGAUCUCAAGCUGGAGUGCGGUUUGCAGGCAGGAGUUGCCUACAAGAUGACCUGCAGUAACUGUGGCAAUCCGCUGAAAGAGGAAUCCGUGAGUUUUAGGCGCAUUCUGGAGUUGCCUUCGGAUCACAUGGACAGUAACGAUUGGUACUGCCAUCUGCAUACGCAUGGCGAUGGAAAGUCCAGCGACACUCAUCAUCAUAAUCAUGAACACGCAGUAGGCAUGGAAUGCUCCUCAUCGUCAUCAUCAUCGUCGUCGACGGCGAAAGCACCUCAUCCGAACAAAUUCACACCGGCCGACUUGGAUUUGUUCUACGGGCCGUUCUAUGCGCUGCUAGAUGGGAAACAUCUACAACGGGUUCACCUCAGAGCGGAGCGAUUCCUGUACUGUAAGCGGUGCUUGCAGUUUCUGGGAACCAUGAAGCGGAGCGGUAGUGCCAAACUGUGGUACGAAAACGUGCGCUUCCAGUCGCAGAGUGAGGAACAAUCAGGCGAACCCGAACCGGCAGCGCAGAGCCUAUUUUGCGUCGAUCAAUCGUUACCAAACUUUCAGUAUCUAGUCCGCAAAACGGUGAACGAUUUCAACUUCAUCUCGCAUCUGGGUCUUCCGCCGAUCUUCAAAUUGAUCUUCGAAAUGCGCCGUCCCGGCCGAGAUGGGGAUGUGUUCUACCUGUUGAUGCAGAUCAUGGACGCCAACUUGAAUGUGUUCAAAAUUCGCAAGGACGUGGAUGCGGAUUCGUCCGCAUCGGAUGAGCAAGCCGAAGAGGGACCGCAAGCUGACGAGGCCGACGAUGACGAUGUGUUUGUACCGGCGGUGCGACAGAAGACUCAUCGCAACAUUCACCUGAACCGGCACCGGGUCAUGAAGGUGAUGUACAGGUAUGAAAAAUUCGAACAGCAGCCUAUCAUUAACUUUUGGCUGCAGGACUAUAACGUAGUUAGUGUGGAAAUUUCGGAACAAAUGUUCAAAACGGCGGUUCGAUAUCUGGACAGCAACUCGGACUACGUACCCGAGUGCUACCGGAAUAAUUUGGGAUUCAAUUUGAGCUAUUUGGAUAUUACAUAGGUUAAAUUUGUCGUUUAUCAAUAGGAAAAUCUGGUCGUGAAAUGAUUGAAAA